UUAGUAACAUAUUGUAUUCAGCUUUCCAGUGCAAGUGUUCACAUCAGUCUGAAGUACAGACUUUUCUGUGGAAAAUGGGGGCUCCGGGGUUUCCAGAGACACUUGUAUCCCUGCUGUUCUGUUGCUCACUUCUGACAUCUGGUUUCAAGCUGUGUAACGGCUCAUCAGACGUCAGAGAUUUCGUAGCAGCAACAACCAGUGAAUGUCACUUUCUGAACGGGACUCAGCAGGUGCGGUUUCUGGACAGAUAUUUCUACAAUCAGGAGGAGUUCGUUUACUUUGACAGCGACAAAGGAUAUUACAUAGCGAAGACUGAGCUCGGGAAACCUGAUGCAGAUUACUGGAACAAGAAUAAGGAUUUCAUAGAACGAGAGAAGAGCGCAGUGGAGAGAUACUGUAAAUACAACUAUGGAGUCUUACACAGCUUCACUGCCGACCGGAGAGUUCAGCCUGAAAUAGUUGUGUCCCUGAUACCUCGACAUGAAGAGCCAAGCACCGUGCACCACCUCCUGCAGUGUAAUGUGUUUGGUUUCUACCCCUCGGUGGUGGAGGUGAAAUGGUACCGGAACAGCCAGGAAGAGACCGAGCUGGUUACAUCUUCUGUGAUUUUUCAGAACGGGGAUUGGACUUUCCAGAUUCUGGUGAUGCUGGAGACAGAGAUCCAUAGCAGUGACACAUUCACCUGUGAGGUUCAUCACAGCAGCCUGGAGGCCCCGCACCGAGUAGACUGGCACCCAGAGAUUUCAGAUUCAGACAGGAGUAAGAUGGCAACUGGAAUUGGUGGAUUUGUCUUAGGAGCAGUUUUUCUCAUUGCUGGAAUUGUGAUGUACUUGAGAGGACGAAAAGUCAAAACUUCAUUUCGGGGACCUCAAAGCGAAAAUUUCAUCCACACUUAACAGGGAGAACGUCUGACAAAUCACCGGCUUCUUUUCUAUUUUGCAAAUUCAGAAAUUGGCACAAUUGACUAUUUUUGACAAAGACCACCGUGUUAUCCAAAGCCGAGUACGGGAUGAAAUUGUUAAUGUAAAAGUGCAGUGAAAUCUGCUGUGCUCUGUAUAUACAUGUCUGGAUGACGACAGGAUAACAAACAGGAAUCCUCCCCUAUAAACGCCCCUUAUCUGUCGUCUCUGGAUUUUAUUGCCCAGGUUUUAUAUGGAUAAUUGUAAUGCGCAUUUACUGCACAGUUUUCAUUUUACACGCACUUAAUGUGUAGCUUCACGUAACAGCGGCAUCAUAUUAAAUGUUAGGAAUCUGAUUGAGUAGUCAUUUUAAGUAAACAUGCAUUUGCGGAAAUCCUACAUUUCGGUUGGACCUUUUCUUCCCUUUAAUGUAUGCAGGUCGGCAAUGUUAAUGGUAACAUUGUCUAUGUAAUUCUAUGUUAGUCUAAGGGGGAAGAUUCCAUAAGUGCUAAGAAAUCGAUGUCUGAGACCCAUACAAAAUUAGAAAUGACCUACAC